ACCGCGCCACGCCCCGCCACGCCUCGCGUCACCCGCCGCGGCGCGCCGUGGGCGACACCAUGGGGUACGACGUCUUCGUCGGCGUCCUCGAGGACCGGGUGGCGCCCCCUCCGCUCGGCCGCCCGAGCAUCUGACGGCGUGCUCGCCAGGGCGUUCCCUUCGGCGUGCUUCCCGACGACGGCGCCGGCCUCCAAGUCCAAGCCCCGGGCCGGCAUGCCAUUGCUCCGCUCGGCUAGCGUGACGUCGACGUUCUCUGCCUUCUGAAGGAGCGAAACGACCGUGCAAGCCAUAGCGCCGCGACGAGCGCCCUGAAGAAGAAGAAGGUUCGGUCAAGUUGUUUUGUUUCCCAAGAUUUUAUCAUCCUUUUCGGGGCCGACGAGCCGUCGCUAGCUCAUCCGACGAGUGCAGAGGAGCGUGCCUGCCAUGAGAGAGAGGCCUCGGUGCCCCCAGAAUGAGGUGCAGCUAUUCCAUCACCACUCUGCUCAGCUUCUUCUUUCUGCACUUGGCGACGGGCAAGGAGCUGUACGAGCUCGAGACCGACUACAACAGGAAUCUACCUCCAGGAAAAGACACCGAAGUUUCGAUCUCCCUGUUCAUCAACAGAGUCUCCGGCGUCGACGAGAACAGAGAGGAGAUCUCGCUGGACGUGUUCCUGCAGGUCUACUGGGAGGACCCGCGCGUGCACAUCUGCUGCAACCACUCGGUGGUGGAGCUGACAUGGACGCAGCAGCAGCCCAAGUUCUGGGUGCCGGACCUCUACAUCCGUCAGCUGCGGGAGAUGAAGGUGCUGUCGCUGUUCCAGGAGAUGACGUCCGUGCGCCUGUACAGCAACUCCACCAUGCGCGUGUCCAUAGGUGCCACUGUCAUCAUCAAAUGCGACAUGGAUUUCGUCCUGUACCCGCUCGACAUUCAAAAGUGCGCGGUAGACUUCAGCAGUUACAAGUACACAAUGGAGGCUAUGAAAUUCAAGUGGAAGGACGACCCGCCGCUCAGCUUCCCCAGCGACUUUGGAGAUGACGGCUACCGACUCGCCAAGUACGUCGUGUCCUUCAGCACAGAGAAGAACAUGCAGGUCAUCUUCUACGGGGAAGGGAACCACUCGACGGCGAGGAUGCUCAUCACCAUGAGCCGAGAGAUCCGGUCGCACCUGCUGGAGAGCUACCUGCCCAGCACGCUGUUCGUCAUUAUGUCCUGGGGCAGCUUCGUCGUCAUCCCGGAGAUCGUGCCCGGGCGCAUGGUGCUGCUGGUCACCACUCUCCUGUCCCUCGUCACCAUGUUCGACACCGUCAGAAACAACUCUCCGAACGCGCUGGAGCUCAAGUGCAUCGAGGUCUGGCUCAUCUCGUGCACGCUGUUUGUCUUCUUCGCGCUGCUCGAGUACUUCGUCGUGCUGUUCGGCAUCCGCUACGACAAGCACUGGCGCCACAAGAAGCGCGACCUGGAGCGCCAGCAGCAGCUGCAGCAGGCGCAGCAACAGCAGCAGCAGCAGAUCCAGCAGAUAGCCCAGGUGUGGGCGGGCGACCGCGUCAAGCUGCCGCCGCUCGCGCACCACCGGCGCUCCAACAGCAACUCCACGGCCUCGAUGGCCGCCAACAACAUCGGCAUGUCCUCGCUGAACGACGCGCCUCCCCCGGGCCCCGCCGCCGCCCCGCCGCUCGCCGCCACGCCGCGGCUGCUGCAGGGCUCCAGCAAGGUGUCGCCGCACGCCGACCUCCCCAGGCACCGCGGGGACAAGCACGAGCCCGGGUUGCCGGCUGGGGAGAGCGCGGACUCCGACGGGCCCCGGAGACGUUUCCGCAUGGUUGCCGAGUACGUGAUCCUGUACUGCGGCAGCCAACGUGGCAUGCUGGACCAGGUGUCUCUUGCGCUCUUCCCCUUCUGCUUCAUUCUCUUCACCACCGUCUACUGGAUCUCCUACGUCAACGAGUCACAGCGGCAGAGAAACUCCAACUAACCGUGACCGAACUGCUACUGGGCCUUCCCUAGCAUGUGCCAUAUGACCAUGCCCUGACUUUUAUUGGCAGUUUUCAGUCCAGUUUCUCACGUCCACCUUUGUGAAUACUUCUUUUUUUCCCUCCCCUUUCUUCCAUUUCAACUUACAAGUAUAGGACUCCGUCAAAGUUGGGCUGCACGUAUUCUUGUCUUUGAAGAGGAGCCCUGCUGGAGCCCACAGCCCACUCUUCCUCAUGGUUAUACCAUUACACUGUGAUUAAGGUAAUUUUGAGCUGGUUAAGCUUGUUAAUUUUGAAAUUUUCCAUUUACAAAAUCCCAUAUUUCCUGUGUGUUGAACCACAAUGUCAUCAUUAAACAAAUAUUCCAUACCCACUUUGGUUUUUGGUAGCAGGCCCUUGAACUUGCUUAGUGCACGGGUUUAAGCGGAUUUAGUAAACUGAACCAACAACCUCUUCUGAGUUAUGACCAUUUUUUAUUCAUUCUUUUAGAACUUUUUCUUAUGACUGGUUUAGGUAAUUUUUCAGUCAAAUAUUUAUAACAUAUUUAUGCUAAAGCCCUUGAUGCUAUCACAUGCAAAACAUUCUUCUACUGCUUAAGCCCAAACUAAAUCACUUCAUUAGCUGGAUUGUUUCCAUAUAAAAUAAAAUUUAUUGGCCCCAACUUUUGGAGACUGACAUUUUGAUUUGCACAAGACUUAAAAUUACUUCAUGUGCUUAAGCAUGUAAAUAAAAAUACAUAAAUUAGGUAAGUAGCUAGAUUUCUAUUAAGUGUCUUUAUUAUCCUAGACAUUUUUAACACUGUUACAUUUAAUAAAAUAAAUGCAUCACAUUUAUACCAGAGAA